AUGGCUAGGACAUACACAUUCUACAACCUACGCAUCAUCCUGGUCCUGACCUUGGGCAGUCUUACCUUUGGGUAUGGAUUCUCCGUCAUCUCAAACACCAUAGGGCAGCCCGGCUUCAUCCAAUACUUCAAUCUCAAAGCCAACUCGGACUACACCAACGCCAUCACCGGCACCAUCAAUGGCCUGUAUUGUGCAGGAGCGCUGUUUGGGGCGCUGCAUGUGGGCUGGAUGUGCGAAGCCCGCGGCAGAAAGGAGACCAUGUAUUUAGGGUCGGCCGUCAACGUCGUGGGCGGUGCCCUCGAGACGGGCUCUGUCAACAUGGCCAUGUUCCUGGUUUCGCGCUUCAUUUCGGGGUACGGGAUCGGCAUGAUGGUGGUCUUGAUCCCCAUUAUGCAAUCUGAAAUCUCACCUCCCAACGCGCGAGGCUUUCUCGUGGGUCAACACGGCACCUGGAUUGUCUUUGGAUACGCCAUUGCCGGCUGGGUGGGCGCUGGGACGUAUUACUCGUCGAACCUUUCCUUCCAAUGGCGAUUCCCCAUUGCCUUGUCCAUCAUACCACCCCUUGCGUUGGCCAUGUGCGGUCCCUGGAUCCCGGAAUCUCCUCGUUGGCUGCUCACCCGAGACCGACGCGAGGAGGCCUGGAAUAUCGUCAGGCGGCUGCACGGUGGCGCAGCCGAGGACGAAGCAGGCCUCCAAUAUGCGCGCGAGGAAUUCUACCAAAUGACCGAGCAGGUGCGAGUAGACGCGGCCGCGUGGAAGCAGUGGGGAUGGCGCGGCAUGUUCACAAACAAGACCUACCGGAAGCGCUUCUGGAUGGGUUUCUUCAUCCAGUAUGCCGCACAAUCGACGGGUGCCCAGGUGAUCUACGUAUACAUUGUAUCCCUGUACCAGAAUCUCGGACUCACCGGCGGGGUGCCCUUGAUUUUGGGAGCAGCCUAUGUCACCGUCGCGACCAUUUCCAACUUCAUUGGGGCGCUGCUCUUGGACAGAGUAGGACGAAAACCACUUCUGCUCGCCGGCCUCACCGGAUGCAUGCUGUCGGUGUGCCUGGAAACCGCCAUGAUAGCCGAGUAUGCUGGUACCACCAACAAGGCCGGGCUGUCCAUGGGGGUGUUCUUCUCUUUCUGCUUCAUCAGCUUCUAUGGAGGUGGCAUCGAUGUGGUGGGCUAUGUGUAUUGCUGUGAGUGA